AUGGCCGUUAGCCGGCCGACUCUGCGCCGGGUGUUGGCGUUCACCGGAUCCGGCCCCGGUCUCGUCCCGUGUCUCACAGCGCUCGGACUAGUCAUCCUACAAACCGGGACGGCGCUGAAUCUAGUCACAGCCCGAGAGCGAGGACAGUUCAAGUUUUCGCCUUCUUCGGCUUUGACGAUAUCGGAGUUUCUCAGGUUUCUGGUUGCGACAAUUCUGUUCAGGCGAGAAGCGCGCAAACGAGCUGCGAACGGCGGCGAGUAUUCCUCGAUAGGAGAGUCGGAGGAACUGGAUCUCGGCAGCAACGGCGACGCCCGGUCGUCACUCGAUUUCGAGGCGGAAAAGACGUCGAGACAUGGGCAGAUCGAAGGCGUGAGGGCGCUGUGGCGCUUCAUCUGGAGCGAUGCUGGCGCCGAGAUCAGGUUUGCUUUUGCGCGGAUCGCGCUCCUGCAGAUGCUCUCCAACAACCUGUUGUUCCUCAACUACCUGAUUGCCGAUCCAGGUACGGUCCAGUUGACGAAAAGCGGCAUCGCAAUCGGCGCUGCGCUUUUCUCUACCCCGGCGUUCGGGCUCCGAGGACCCAAGACACGGUGGAUGGCGUUCUUGAUCCAGACGUCCGGCUUGGUUCUCUCGCAGUACUAUCCUCAACACCGCACGAGAGCAUCUACGUAUCAGCUGCACCUGUACUUCGUCCUGGUCGGCCAAGCUGCUUUCAGCGCCCUGGCAGAUAUCAACACGGAGAAGCUGAUGCGAAGCACUGACCUGGGAUCUAAUGCAUCCAACAUCAUCUUAGGCGCAUUCGGCGCCGUGUUGAACCUGCUUGUACACGCUCUCGUGCGAUACGCGAGCGCUAUUGAGCCAAGUUUCUUUGCUGGCUAUGACAACAAGGGACUCUCAGUCAUUUUGAUGACAGCCAUUCUGGCCGUUGUUAGCACGGUUGCAUCGAAAAAUGUUGACUCUUGGGCUCGGUGGUUUACAACCGAUGUCACGGCCAUCAUCCUGUUGUUGGUAACUGCGAGCUAUUCGGCCAUGAAAUACAGUGUGUUCGUGAUCCCUGGCACAGCACUGAUCUUCAUUGCUUCGCUCGCGUACUUGAAAUUCAGCCCCAUCAGAGAUUUCGGCGCCCCGAGUCCGACUGACGAAAGGCAACCCUCUUUCCCUGCGGCUUCUUCUAGAAAACUCAAGUUGAGUCUCCUUACGCUGGCCAGCUUUAUCGGCGCCGGCAUUGUCCCCUUCGCAACCCUCGCAGAACCACCACAUACCCCCGAGUACAGACUCGUGAUGAGAGACGACACCGAGGGUCAUUGCAUAACUCCGCCAGCCGAUAUCAUCCGCCCGUUCACAGACAAACAUGCCCCAUAUCAAAUCGAAGCCGGCGAAGGCAACCUCACCGCCUCGCCCUUCAGCAACACGCUCGCCAUGGUUCGCUGGAAUGCGAAGCGCAUGGAGCGCGUCCCCUUGCUGCUGAAAUACAAGCCCUUCUUCCACACGGUGCACAUCUCGAUGCCGGAAAUGAUGGAGGACAAGCCCAGCAGCUACCACAACCUUACUCACUCGCAGUACGAGUACCACGAGACGAUAUACAUGCAAGUCGCGCACACGAUGAAGCUCAUCCUCGACGAACACCCCGAUAUUGAGGGCCUGAUGUACUUCCACUUCGACUCGUGGAUCGACCCCAUGGGCUGGGUCGACGAAAACCGCCAGUCCAUCUGGUACCCGACAUCGCACAACACGCGACAAUACGACGGUGACGGUCCGCGGUAUAUGUGCAUGACGGACUGGCAGAAGUUCCCGCAGUGGUGGGGGUGGUAUCACAAGUGGAACGAGAAGGCCGUCACCGUCAACGGCGAGAUCAUCCGCAUGAACCGCGGCUACGACGUCGUCGAGGACGAGUUCUGCGUCGGGUGGUCCGACAUUUACUACAUCCCCCGCCGCUUCUUUGCGGACUUCAUCUUCCUAUCGUACAUCUACGGAUGCGCCGAUCUGUUUCACGAAGUCGCGAUCCCGACGAUGCUGAACAUCAUCGACCGCAGUCGGCGCAGCGAGGCCGCGCCGUUCCAGUCGCUGAUCGACCGUAUUGGAGAUUGCUGGGGAGGAUGUUGCGAUUCUUCGGCCACGGCUCACGAUGUGAAAUGGACGCGCUGUGGCCACAGGCUGGAUUACUUGAACCAGGAGGUUGUAGACGCGCACUACAGCCGGCUUGACGAACAGACUGCAUGGCUUGCCCUUCUCGUCACCGGCCUUGCUGCCACCGCCUCUGCCCUGGUCGCCUCGGACAAGACCGAGGCCACCAGCCCUGAGACCAGCCACCUCGACAAGCGCAGCUGCGAGAUCGUCUGCCCCUUCAACCGUUGGUGGUGCACCUGGUCUCCCUACAAGUACCGCUGCCGCCCCGAUGGCCGCUUCGACAAGGACAAGAGCCACGAUGACUGCGAGGCCGACUGCUACUGUGCCUGCGAUCUCAGAGUCCCUGGCAUUGAGCAGGUCGACCCUGCUGAGGAGGCUGCCUAG